CACACCAACAACAUGAAGCUUACACUCCUGAUCAGCCUGGUGGUCGUGGCCGCUGCCGCUCCUCAGCAAUCAGAAAAAGACGCUGUGAUCGUGCUGGACGAGCGAAGUGACUCCGGAGACGGAAACUUCUAUUACAACUUUGAAACCAGCAACGGAAUAGCCGCCCAGAAGACCGGAACCCCGGGCUCCGAGGGCCAGAGCAACAUGCAGGGCGCCUUCAGGUUCAGACUCCCUGACGGCACCGUCGCUGAGGUCCGCUAUGUCGCCGACGAGCUAGGCUACAGGCCUGAGUCUCCGCUGAUCCCUACGCCCCACCCUCUCCCCGCCCACGCCAUCGAGCAGAUCCGCGUCGCCGAAGAACAACGCCGCCAGGGUAUCACCUUCGAUAAAUAAACACGAAGUUGACCUUCCUGUCUGUACUCCAUCACACAAAACACUAGACUCACUCGACGUUAUCAUAAAUGUUCAAUAAAUAUAAUGUUUGCA